UGCGGUGCGGCGGAGGCAGCUCGCGGGCGGCUUGAGCGGCCGAGGCUAUGGGGCUGAGUCGGGUGCGCGCGGUCUUCUUUGACCUGGACAACACACUCAUCGAUACGGCCGGGGCGAGCCGGAGAGGCAUGUUGGAGUUUCAAGGAGAACCGAAGGAGUAUCCGAUGUGGAAAAACACUUACAAAAGCCAGCCCUUUCAAUACUAAAGAUCCUAUGCUUCUUCAGGUAAUAAAGCUCUUACAAUCAAAAUACCACUACAAAGAAGAAGCAGAAGUCAUCUGUGAUAAAGUUCAAGUAAAACUCAGCAAGGAAUGCUUUCAUCCUUACAGUACAUGCAUUACAGAUGUGAGGACUUCACACUGGGAAGAAGCAAUCCAGGAAACCAGAGGUGGUGCAGACAAUAGGAAAUUGGCAGAAGAAUGUUAUUUCCUGUGGAAAUCUACACGUUUACAGCAUAUGACCCUAGCAGAAGAUGUCAAAGCCAUGCUCACUGAACUUCGCAAAGAGGUCCGCCUACUCUUGUUAACAAAUGGUGACAGGCAGACACAGAGGGAGAAAAUAGAGGCUUGUGCCUGCCAGUCUUACUUUGACGCUAUUGUUGUAGGAGGAGAACAGAAAGAGGAGAAACCAGCACCUUCCAUAUUUUAUCACUGCUGUGAUCUCCUUGGAGUGCAGCCAGGGGACUGCGUGAUGGUCGGUGACACACUAGAAACUGAUAUACAAGGAGGCCUCAAUGCAGGACUGAAAGCCACAGUCUGGAUAAACAAGAGUGGGAAGGUGCCGCUGACACCAUCCCCCAUGCCUCACUAUAUGGUUUCUUCAGUUCUGGAAUUACCUGCUCUCUUACAAAGCAUAGAUUGCAAAGUCAGCAUAUCUGUGUAACACACAGAAGAACACAGCAACCAAGUGCAGAGCCAGGUUACAGGGUUAGAACUAACGCACGCCAAGGCAUUCUGUGUAUUUGGUUCAGUUCUAAGAAUGUAAGUGAGGAUUCACUGUCAUGCUGUGAAGAUCCUACCAACUCUGCUGCUGUUGAUAACCAUAGGCUUAUUGCAUAUCUGAAAUCCAGGUUUUAAAUGUGUAGUCCAGAAAACUUGAAAGGCAGAAUAGCUUACAUGUGGGUAUGCAGGUACUGGUUUAAAGCAUAGAAAUAGAUAUAUUUUUUAAAAAAGAUAUUCUAAAAUAGAGAUUGGAAGCAACUAAAUCAGGUUGGUUUAAGUACUAAAUCAUACAAGUUGAAACAUUUCAUAGUGAAAUUUUGCAUAUUUUAGACAAUUUUUUGUUAAAAUAUUUUGCCUACUUUGUGUACUUAUCUAUUAUCUAGUUUUUCUGCAUGAUUUUAGAGGGCUGAAGUUUCUGUGGUGUGAACAUGACAGAUUGUUAUAAUUUGGAAAAAGACUAUUAAAAAUCAACCCAUGGUGCUCCAUUUUCAUA